AGGCUGCGCCCGGCGGGCCGGAAGCCGGGCGGUGGCGUGCAGGAGCCCCGCCUUCCUGGGAUGGAUUCGGGCGGGGGCGGGGCAGGGGCGGGGCCUGAGGCAGCGGGAAUCCCGACCCCGCCCCUUUCCCCACCCCUCCAUUUCUCGCCAUGGCCCCUGCACUGCUCCUGGUCCCUGCUGCCCUCGCCUCUUUCAUCCUGGCCUUUGGUACCGGAGUGGAGUUCGUGCGCUUUACCUCCCUUCGGCCACUUCUUGGAGGGAUCCCGGAGUCUGGUGGUCCGGAUGCCCGCCAGGGAUGGCUGGCUGCCCUGCAGGACCGCAGCAUCCUUGCCCCCCUGGCAUGGGAUCUGGGACUCCUACUUCUAUUUGUUGGGCAGCACAGCCUCAUGGCAGCUGAAAGAGUGAAGGCAUGGACAUCCCGGUACUUUGGGGUCCUUCAGAGGUCACUGUAUGUGGCCUGCACUGCCCUGGCCUUGCAGGUAUGAGGCCCUGGCCUUGCAGGUAUACUACCAUGUGCUGGGGCUGGGCGAGCCUCUGGCCCUGAAGUCUCCCCGGGCUCUCAGACUUUUCUCUCACCUGCGCCACCCAGUGUGUGUGGAGCUGCUGACAGUGCUGUGGGUAGUGCCUACCCUGGGCAUGGACCGUCUCCUCCUUGCUCUCCUCCUUACCCUCUACCUGGGCCUGGCUCAUGGGCUUGAUCAGCAAGACCUCCGCUACCUCCGGGCCCAACUACAAAGAAAACUCCACCUGCUCUCUCGGCCCCAGGAUGGGGAGGCAGAGUGAGGAGCUCACUCUGGUUACAAGCGCUGUUCUUCCUCUCCCCCUGAAUUCUAAAUCCUAAUCCAGGCCAUGGCUGCUUCACGCCAGAGGCCCAAAUUCAUGGACUGAAGGAGCUACCCCUUCCACUACUUGAGAGUUUAUUCUCUGGGUCCAGCUCCACACCCUAAAUUCUGAGUUUCAGCCACUGAACUCCAAGGUCCACUUCUCACUAGCAAGGAAGAGCGGGGUAUGGAACUCAUCUGUCCCCUCACUGUUUAGGGCAUGACACUUUCGCCCUCAACAGCCUCCUGAGAAGGAAAGGAUCUGCCCUGACCAUUCCCCUGGCACUGUUACUUGCCUCUGUGCCUCAGGGGUCCCCUUCUCCACCUCCGGCUUCCACUCCAAGAAGCUGGACCAGGGUCUGCAAGUUCAAUGGUCAUAGCUGUCCCUCUAGGCCCCACACCUUGCCUCACCACUCCUGGUCCUAGUCUCUGCACCUCCUUAGGCCCUGCCUCUGUGCUUAGACCCCAACCUAGUCAAGGGUAUUCUCCUGCUCUUAACUCGAUGACUUGGGGCUCCCUGCUCUCCUGAGGAAGAUGCUCUGCAGGAAAAUAAAAGUCAGCCUGAUUUUUCUACAUA